GCAGCCCCCUCGCUCGACCCAGACUUAUGUGGAGGCCCAGACGUUCCGCAGCUCCCGGCCGACAGCCUCGGGCAGUUCAUCGAUCGGUGCGCGGACCUCAACGCCGUCGGCCCUUCGAACGACAUGCGCCCUCCGACGCAGCAGCGGUGGGGGAAUUGGGUGCGCCGCCAACCCGACCUCGCGCCGCGCGAGACGGAGGGCCUGCUGGGCGACGACGCUGCCGCCCUGCAGCCAGCAGCGUCGGUUCUGCCUGACCGCGCCCCCGCCGAGGCGCCCUCUGCCCCCAGCGCAGGCGCUGAGGUCGCCACGGCGGCGCCCGCCGGAGCUUCGCAGCCAGCGCAGCUCGCCGCAGUGCGUGAGUUGGGCGACUGGGACAUGGAGCCCAACUCGGCGCCCGCCACUCAGGUCGCGGUCGAGGCGCGGGCGGGGCCGACGCCGUGCGGGCCGAGGGGGGCGCCUGCCGUCGCCCCCCAGGCCGCUGGGCAGGGCGCGGUCGAGGCGCUGGUGGGGCCGACGCCGUGCGGGCCAAGGGGGGCGCCCGCCGUCGCCCCCCAGGCCGCUGGGCAAGGCGCGGCGCCCACCGUCGUCGCGGAGGUCGGCGACUCCGUGCCCGCCGAGCAGCAGCAUUCGCAGAUGACUGAGAUGUUCGAGACGAAGUUCCAGGGCCAACAGAUGACUGCGCAGGAGCUGGCGAAGAGCGAGGAGGUCAUCGAUGAUACGGUCUUGGAGGCGCGCAACAAAUCAGGAUUCGAGGUCGCAGCUCGGAGCACCUUGGGGAGACGGCUCGUUCGCUGGCUGGCGGCCAACGGCAAGGGCGACGAAUGCGGGAAGCUCUCCAGGGCAGAGAAGGACAAGCGCAGGCGCGAGUUGGCUCAGGAGUCCUACGCGGAGCAGGUUACGAAGCGGUCCAGGAUCGCGAGGGACUCCGAGACGGACAUCAAGCUCUGCAAGAUGAUGAAUUCGGAUCAAUUAAUCCAGGCGGAGGGCGGACGCCGCAGCCCGACCGCAGUUCGCGGAGCCCAUGAGAUAGUUAAAUCGUGUUUGCAGCGCGGCAUCGGAUGGGUCAGCAUCGACCAAUACAGCAAGAGGAUCAUGUUUCGCCACGUCUCCCAAGAGACGCGCCAGGAGUCCUCCGACAUCUGGGAGAGGGCGACAGAGGAUUUCAAUCUGUCCAAGUCGGGGGUUUCGCCAGCGCUGAUCGAGGCGCACAAUAGGGCCAUC